UCUUGCGGGUUUAUUUGCAAAAUCCGCUGUUCUCGGUCGAGGAAGAAGCUGUUGAUGCGGCCCGAUAUGUGCUAGGAGAUUCCGGACGAGGGAAUAUGUGCUAGGAAGGUCCGGAUGAGGAAAUAUGAUUCCGAGAUAGAGGCAGAUGAGGGAGGAACACACGAGCGAGUGAUGUCGGCGGCGUGAAAGGAAGAAGGAAGGAAGGAAGGAGAAUGAAGACCAGGGCUAGGACCAAGUUGCCUGAAAUGUGGAAGAUAAAAGUUACUCCAUUUUGGCAGGGAUGAAUUAAAAGAAAGAUACUAAGAAAGAAGAGGAAGCCUACUUUAACUACAGUUUUGAUAAGAAUGUAAAGCCAAAGGAAGCAAAAAUCCUUCAACUUAACCGAGUACAUUGCAGUAAGGAGCCCUAGUCCUUCUGGAAGGAGACCUUGAAGAAUAUCUAUUGGAAAUUAUCAUUUGCACUAAUCCAAACUACAUCUCUGAUCUCACAAUUAGGAGAAAGCCUUACCAUUCACAUUCCUCAGACGAUGAAGAUUUAAGAUGAGGAGGUUCUGACAGUGUUUUAUGAAGGAGAAGGAUGAAGUCUAUGUAACAUCCAAUACAGAGAAGCCAGUGUGAAGAACUAAUAGUGUUAGAGAUGCUACACUCUUUAGCCCAGAACUGCAUAUGUGGAUUUCAGGUUCCCCCAGAUGUGAAGACCCAUUUAAAAGGGUACCUUGCAAACCAAAUUUGAAAUAAUAAAUGUGCUGGCCAGGUGGGUCACGUGUGGCGGGCAGCGGGACCAAUGGGGAAGUGCCUAUCUUGUCUGAAGGUACGUCCUCCUGCCCACCAACACAAUCUUCAACACUACCCUGCUUUGCAGCAUCCUCCGCCCAUGCAUGAAUAUGAACAGACACAAGAAGGAAGUGAGAGUGGUAGCAGCCUCAGUGGGCUUGAAGGAAGGUCACCAGUGCCACCACCUGAUACGCAAAGCAAUGGUAGUGGAAAAAAUAGCAUAAUUGUCAGUGCUCCAGAGAAACGGUCAUUUUAUUCUAGGAUUCCACCGCUUGCCAAGACUGCUAGUAAUGAAGUUAAAAGACUAUCAUCUAAAGAAUAUUCAGAAGCAAAGAUUAUUAGCUUGUUUGACCACUAUAAGGACCAGCAUUAUGAUGCUAUACUGUCAGAAGGUAUUGAACAUCUGUGCAUGGAUCUGAAUGUUAAACCUGAAGAGUUUAUAGUGUUAGUGUUAGCCUGGAAAUUUGGGGCAGAAACUAUGUGCCGGUUUACGCGUGCAGAAUUCCUAAGUGGAUGCAAAGCUCUUAAAGUGGAUUCAAUCAAGGGUAUACAGUCCAAAUUCUCAGAUAUGCUACAUGAGGUCCAGAGACCAGAAGAAUUCAAAGACCUUUAUAGAUUUACAUUUAAAUUUGGUCUGGAUUCUGACACCGGCCAACGAAUUUUACCGUCCGAUAUGGCAGUGUUGUUAUGGAAACUUGUCUUUUCUCAGCGUGAGCCAAGUAUAUUGAAGAGAUGGUUAGCAUUCCUUGAAAGACAUCCCAAUAUUCGUGGUAUACCAAGAGACACGUGGAAUAUGUUCCUAAAUUUUGCUGAAACUGUAGGAGAUGAUCUGAGUUCUUAUGAUGAUACGGAAGCAUGGCCCAGUCUGUUUGAUGAUUUUGUGGAAUAUGAGAAUGAUCAGUUGAACCAGAACAUUAGUAAAGACCAUAAAGAAGAAAAUGAAUAAUGACGCUUUUGAAGAUAGGAUCUGCUGUUUGUCUUUGGAAAAUAAAGAAAGGGUUAUGUAAUUGUACUUUAUGCUUUUAUUAUGUUUAAUUUUUGUCUGCUACUUAAUAUCUCAAAUCUAUUGUCUUUUUUAUGUUCAUCAUAACCAUUUUCUCUGUUCUUCAUAGAUUUAUUUUUAUCUUCUCUUUGCCCUCUUGCUUACAGUUAUUCCUUCACUGUUUCCUUGUGUUGUAACUGUCUUUUCAUCAUCACUUUACACUUUCCUUCACUUGCCCUUAUCUUCUUUAUUUCUCUGUCACUGCCUCAUUUCUAUUGGGUUGUAUUUUCUCUCUUCCAGUUCUGUAUGUUUUGCUGUUUGCAAAUUGUAUUCAAAUUUGUUUCAAAUAUGAAUUCUUCUAACAUACAGAUUUCAGAAGGAAGAGUACUAAGUUUGCUUUUUUAUUUAUUUAUUAUUUUUAUAGAUGAUUAGUUACUUUUUAUAAUAAACUUUGUAUGCAUAUAUGCUUAUUGAAGCUGUCACAAAAAUUCUCUUGUACAUUUUUUUCAGACUUACAAGUAAAAAAAACGUAAUUUUUUUUCUUUCUUUCCGGGAAAUCUCAAUUACCUUGUCUUUGAAUCAGGCUUUUGAAUAAGUAUGAUAAAAGAUGAAUCUAUUAAUAAGAAUAGAGUUUAUCAAUCUAGUAAAUUUGCAUUGUGUAUCAUGUAUAAUCAUACUUCAAAAAUAUUGUAAUUCAUUUGUUUAAUGAUAUUCAUUGGUAUUAUAUAAACAAAUAAAAUGGUAUGUAAAGAGUUUCUA